ACCAAACAAUCUUUUAUCAAUCCCAAGUUCCAAAAGUUCCGAGUGAAUUGAAGUAUUCAGCAGCAGCCUAGUGAUGUAUUCAGUGGAAUGGUCUACAUUGCCCUCGAUUGAGUGUAUUUAGUGUCAAGAUAAGCGAAUGCUGAACUUUAGUAAAUAUGGACAAAUUUUCCCCGAAUUACUUAAAUUUCGGCAGCGCAUUUCGCAGUUGCUGUGAUGGCUGUGAGUGUGUCACUAUCAUGUCAUGAUAACAGCAGUCUUCGGUUUUUCAUCUAAUCAACUCAAGUCUUUCACAGAACCUCACCAAUGCUUUUUGGUUUUAUUCCAUUAUUAUUCUCAAAGAAGUUAAUAGGUGGAAGUGGAGCUCGCAACUUUCCAUGUAACCUCACUCAAGUGACAUGACUUUCGAGGACCCGUUUUUCGUCGUCAAAGAGGAGGUAUCUAAAGCGCUGAGUAAAACUCGAAGUCUGUACCAGAGGUGGAUUGAACUGCAAGACAAAGCUUCCUCAUCAAACCUGCACAAAGAUGAGCUGGAAUGGACAACUACAGAAUUACGAAAUUCUCUCCGUAGUAUAGAGUGGGAUCUUGAAGACCUAGAGGACACCAUUAGCAUUGUAGAAAAGAAUCCUACCAAAAUUAAAAUUGACUCCAAAGAGCUUGGUGCCCGGAAAACGUUCAUUGAACAGACUAGAGCUGAGGUCAAGGGAAUGAAAGACAAGAUGAACUUUGCAAGAGGAAGAGAUAAAGAUCGUAUUGUCAGGCAGCCCCUGCUGGACACAAGCCCUGUUCGUGUAGCAAGUUCGCACACAUCAACCAAAUAUUCUCGGUUGGAUAAUCAACUAGACAGUCCUAAUCGCCAGUUUUUGACUGGCCUGGGGCAACAAAGUAGCAUGUUAGCAGCCCAAGAUGCGCAGCUUGAUAUGAUUGCAGAAUCAAUAGGCACUUUGAAAACAGUCUCCCAUCAUAUCAACACAGAAUUAGACGAACAAGCUGUGAUGCUGGAUGACUUCGGGCAUGAAUUGGGUGUUGUUGAAUCAAAGUUAGAUACCACUCUGAAAAAAGUCUCCAAAGUCUUGCAUAUUUCUAAUGAUAGGAGACAGUGGAUGACAAUACUAGUACUAUCAGGACUCCUAGUCAUAAUUAUUAUCUUGUUUAUUGUUCUAUAAGCUGACCCCUGUCAAAUUAGUGAUUUUCUAUUAGUAAAAGUUGUUUGCAUCAAUCUGCUCCAACACACCAAAGUUUCGGAAGCAUGAAGUAACGCCAGAGUAUGUUAUGCCUUGGUCUAUUGAAAUUUGGGAUACCAAUUUUUAUUCGGCCAAUUCAUAGCAUUUGGAACAGAUCCUGCACUUUAUGAAAUAUAAGGGAUGUAUUUAUUGGAAAAAGAAAUAUGACCUGCGUGUUUUGGAAAAGAGGAGUCAGAAACUCUAUUUUGACUUUCGCUGGACAGCAGAUCUUCAGCUGCCAGUUAAUUCUGACUUCAUGCUAAUGACAUCAUCAUGUAAACGGCAUUUGUGAAUAAGUUGAUUUUUUAAAUCACUGCAAAAUUUGCCAGCAUCGAUUGUUGAUUUCAAUGUUCUUACAUUGCAAACUGAAAAUUUGCGAUGAAAAAACGACAGGUUAAUUUUUUUCUCAUCAUAUGCCUUCCAAAGGAAGGAUUCAUUUUACUUUAAAAUUGCUUUUGUUACUUCUCUAAAUUUCCAUUUAACUAAUUUUCAUUCAGAGACGCAAGGUCAUAGGCAUCUGUUGGGGAAUGAAUGGGGAAAGGAAGCCUGCCUUCCUUGAAAUGCGUCCUUUUGACCCCUUCCUCGAAAUGCGUCCUUUUGACUCCCUCCUCAUAAGAGAAAUGCAGUGAAGAGGAAUGGCGGAAGGAGAAACUGCUAUAGAAAAGGUUUAAGAAGUUUUUAUGGUGAACUUUGAUCAAAAUGUAAGUUCAAAUAGCUUCAAAAAUAAUAAACAAAUGGUACUCUUUCUAAGUUUUGUGAGAGAAGACGACUGGAUCCCUCUUUUCUGAUGAUCAAGGAAAAUUUGCAAUAGAAAAUAACGUUUAUAAUGCUAAUUAAGGUUAUUGCGGCGUUUAAGGUGUUUAAUGUUUUAUUGUAUAGAAGGCUAGAAAAAAGUAAAGUCAGGAAGUACUCUCUGAAGAAGACUGAAGCGUUUUGGCAUAUCAAUGGUGAAACUGCAGAAACGCGUGUCUCAAUUUGCAGCGUUGCAGACAUCCUGUCGUAUGUACUUUUUAUUUUAAAUGGAAAAAUACUGAAUGGCAAUCCCAGAAAAUUGUUGUGGUUUUUCCUCUCUGAGCAAAAAAAUUCUAUGAAAACUUCAUGGAACAAUGUUGAUUUUUUCUCUCGAAAAAUAGAAAGGAAAAAUUGGAGCGGAGAUUUUGAAACACUGUAAACAACAUGCAUUCUUUCAGUUUCGUCAUCAAAAUUGAUAGUGUAACUGCAAGUGUAUGUAUCUAAUUUGCGGUCUCUUAAAAGUUCCAAUCUCAUUUUAUUUGAUCAGGAGAAAAUAAACCAACGGCAUUGCUUGAAAUUUCUGUAGACGAAUAGACUUUUGCGUUGCUGCAGUUUCAUCAUUGACUUAAAUUCUCAAAGUACAAUCACGUGAUUACAACAGAAUAAAAAAAUAGAAAAUGGGUAAAAAAGGCCAAAAUAUAGAAACACUAAAAAGGUAGGACGUUUAGAGCCAUCAUCGGCUCAUUUUUAUACGCAAAAAACGAUGAAAAUUUAUAAAAUAUUAAGUGGUAACCUGAUCCCAGUUGUGAUAACGCAACCACGGGUAUUCGAUGACCGACCAUGAAUUCCAGUGGUUGCAUUAUCAAAACUGGGAUCGAGUUGUCACACAAUAUUUUAUAAAUUUCUCUUAUUUUGUGCAGCUGAAAAUGAGCCUGUGAGGGCUUGAAAAGUUGUGCUUUUCUAGUGAUUUAAUAUUUUAGCCUUGUUUUACCCACUCUUCACUUUUUUAUUCUAUUGUUUUUGUGUUCUCAGGCCCAGGCUAUGUUUUUGUGCUUUAUCUAUUAAGUGAAGAGAUAAAGAUUGAAUUUUAAAGUGUUGUAAAAAUGGUUUAAAUUGAUGACGCAUUGAGUACUCAUCACACUGUCACAAUUGUGCAUUUCUACGUGUGCGUUAGUCUGGAGGUUCUCUGCCUUGCUUGUUGUUAAUUUUUCGUUGGUUAUUUUUAAUCUAUUUUUUGUCUGUUAUUUAUUUUUUUAUUAUUUGAUGUACAUUUUUUUCUUUCAAUUUUAUUUUGUGUAACUGAUUACUAUACCUUGAUUAAUGUGUGGGCAAAAAUGUCUUACAUGUGUUUUAAUGAGUCAAUUGUGUAAGUAACAUAAUUGUAUUUUAUCGGAGUCUGAGAAAUUACGGAUAAUUCAGAAGACGUCAAGAUGCUUUAUUUGUUUUUACAGUCAACAUUAUUUAAGAUUUUAUUUGUCAGAGUUGAAAAAUGCGCAUGGCAGACUGUGACUUUGCAAGUGUCCGCUCAUGUUUAAUUUUUUUAAAAGAAAGUAAUCAGUAAUUUUCCUGAAAAUUUCGGUGCAUUUCCUUGGUUCAUCCAUUAGUAUUCUCAAAAAAUAACAGGGAAAACGUUUUGGUUGUAAUUCUUACAAAAAUAGGAGAUCAAACAGAAAUUUGUAAAAAUCGACUUGUAGAGACACAUUUUUUUACUCUAGCCAUUGUAAUCUUUCUUUAUUUGGAUGACAAGGUCUUCUUACUACACCAAAAUAUGUCCUGAUUUCUUCAAUUUUUUUCUUAUGAAUCAGCUAAACGUAAAAUUAAGAUGGUUACGUGGCAAGACUAGUGUCGAGACCAAGAUUGGAAAUCAUAAUAAAAUAUAACAUGUUAUGUACCACUGCGGAAGAUGGCAUUUUGAAAAUUUUUCAUUGAAUCAUGCGAAAGAAACAGAGAUCACAGAGGAGUCAGCACCAAAUGGCGUCCUCUUUUCAGCACCGAAA